UCCGAUGGGAUAUCCGUAAAUCCAUAUCGGCGAUUACCCGGAAAGAAAAAACGGUAGAACGCGAACGAAGUCGAACGAGGAGGGUGCGAAUCGCGCGGGAGGGAAAAGGGUGAGCGGAGGGUUAAGGUGCGAGAGUGACUGUGGAAAAAGUAUCCUCGAGGGCGAUGUUUGGGGGUGCGCAACCCCGGCUUCACGAAUUCCAAGGGUUACGAGCCCCGCGUCUCGAAGGAUCGAGAAAUAGGGAGAUAUCGCACCGAAACGAUCCUCGCCCCCGCGUCAGAUAGGAUUGUACACUUUCUUGGAUUGUUUGCCAUUCAUUAUGAGCUCCAACGCCGUACAAAUGAAUAAACAGCACAGGAACGAUGAUAAGUGCAUUCACGGAGGUUCCAUCGAAGCAUUUUACUCCGAUACGGUGGUGCUGGUGACAGGAGCGACCGGUUUCAUAGGAAAAGCACUUGUGGAAAAAUUACUGCGCUCAUGUUCCCGUCUGCUUGCCAUUUUUAUACUGAUCCGUCCGAAGAAGGGCAACACGGUCGAUCAACGACUGAAACAACUACUAGAAUCUUCCGUCUUUGACAAACUUCGAAAAGAAAAUCCGUCCGCGUUCGACAAGAUCCACGCGAUCAAGAGCGACCUGACUAUGCCGGAUCUUGGGCUGUCGCCCGAGGACAAGGAGAUGCUGAUACAAAGAGUUAACAUAGUGUUCCAUGGCGCGGCCACCAUAAGAUUCGACGAGCCGUUAAAAGUGGCGGUCGCACUGAACAUGCAGGGCACGGAUCGCAUAAUCGAUCUGUGCUGCAACAUGAAGAACCUGAUCAGCUUCGCCUUCGUUAGCACGGCCUACAGUAACACGAAUCAAAAGGAAGUCAAAGAAGCCGUUUAUGCCUCGCGAUUGAAGCCUUCCAUGGUGAUGGACAUAUGCGACAGUCUGGACGACAAAACGAUCAACAUGCUCGAGAAGAAUCUUUUGGGGAAGCAUCCGAACACGUACACGUUCACGAAGAACUUGGCGGAACAGCUGAUACUGACGAAAGCUGCGCAUCUACCGGUUGCCAUAAUUAGGCCGAGCAUCGUCGGCGCGGCGCGAAAGGAACCGUAUCCUGGAUGGGUGGACAAUGCCGUUGGGCUCACAGGUUGCAUGCUGAACAUCAUUAAAGGCACCCUGAAAGUAGCCGUCGCCUUCCAUGAGAAGUAUCUCGACCUGGUGCCCGUCGAUUAUGUGAUCGACACGUUGAUCUGCGCCGCGUGGUACACCACGAUGCAGCCGAGGAACUGCGUGAAAGUUUACAACUGCACGGCGAAGUACCCUCUAAACUGGGGCCAGUUCUUCAGUCUCACCGUGAAACACGCGAUCCAGAAUCCAACGAAGCGCGUGGUACGAUACCCCAGCAUCAAUUACCUUAGAAGCAUCAUCCCGUUCUACGUAUUCAUGUACUUCUUCGAGUAUCUCCCGGCGAUAGUCGCAGACGCCUUUUUAAGUAUUAAAGGUAAAACACCAAAGAUGCUCAAGGCGGUCAAGCGAUUAUCGAGAGUCAUACACUACGGUUCGUACUUCUCGUGCCGCGACUGGGAGUUUCAACAGAAGAAUAUGGAGGAGCUGACGGACAAAGUGAAAGCGUUGAAGGAUUCCGAUAACUUCGACACGAACAUGAGCCACCAUAAUUGGGACACGUUUGUACGGGACUUCGUACUAGGGAUUAGGAAGUACCUUCUGAACGACGAUCCCGAAAUCGACAACAAACUCCAAUCACGGCUCUCGAUAUUAUACUUCUUGCAUCGUUUCACCCAAGUCUCCAGCAUAAUCGUCUUGUUGAUAAUGAUAUUGCGUUUCAGUCAUUGACGAGACAAACAACCAGUGAUUUCAUUUAGAAAAAAAAAGAAGAAAAAUGUGAAAUACGACAUAGUCGACGACCAUUUUAGCCUGCUAUCAUCCAUUACGAUCUACCGUGGCAUGCUGUUUUAUGUAUGUUCAACAAUGUAUAUGGUAUCACGAUGCACGUGGUUGAUGUAGUGGGUAUUUCAUUUGUGCUGUUGCGCCGCGAAAACGUGCCUUCAGAAUUUUUGAAAGAUUUUACAAGAUAUCCUGACGAACGAAACGGCAUGGAAAAUCUUUCAUUUCCGAAUGUAGUUCGACCGAAUGCGUUCCAUGCGUGCACCGCGACUUUUAUCCGUCGACUGUGAAGCAUCGUUGAAGCUGCGACUUUGCAAUACGCGUCGCCAUCGAAUUCGAGAAAAAAUUAUUUAUUGUCGAGCCGAAUCGUCCGUUUUCGAAAUUUGUAUCAUUAAACGCGUUCCAGAAUUUAAUCCUUUGCGGUCCUACGUCGGGUCAGACACGACAUUGAUUUCUGCAUCUAUAUUUCGUUUUUAUGAUUCGCAUUAUAUUCAUGAAUAAGUUACGUGGGUAAAUUGCGCGCGAUUAUCUUGGUAGGUGGAACAAUUGUAGUAUUUUAAGUUCUAGUUAGGUUGGAAAGUUAUACAUACGAGUAAUAGUAUGGUUGAAUUGCGUUAUAGCAAAUUCGGAAACGAAGGGAUGGAAAUACUUUGUUGCGCAAAGGGUUAACGAUAUCCAGAACAUUAUAACUUGAAACAUGGAAAUAUUUUAUAUCAUGUUAAUAUUUAUUAAUGUUCUUUUCUAGAAAACAUUGCAUCAUUCGUGCACUGUCAGUACAUAGUUGGUAAGGUCAAAUAUAACUGUUGUCGCAGUAGUUUUUGAAACAUAUUGUACGUGAAAACGGUAACAUAUUGAUAGAGGAAAGUGAUUAACAAAAUUACGCUUAUUUCGAGUCCGCGGCUCCUUCGAAAUUAUACGAUUUAUCCUGAUAUAAGGCAAUUCGAAAUAAUAGCGAAUUGUACAUGAACGGAGCGCUUGCAUGAUUUUGUGGUCUGCGGGUUAAAUGGGAAGAGCGUGAAUAUGAAAGGAAUUAAGUGAUUAUUAAUCAUCGAUUAUAUUAUCAGUUUCAAGGAA